CCCUAGCGUCUCUCUCGCUUGUUCUGGAAUCCAUCCUAGGCACUGUUUGGCCUUCGACCGUCGGGAUUCCGCCGGUGACGAAUCCAUCGGAUUGGACCGUGAUUCCUCCAUCCGACCUGACAAAUGACUAUAUCAGACGACGAAGACGAGAUUUUGGCAAAUUACCUCGAAUCCGAGGUCCUCUCUGCUGAUCAGGAAGAGGAGGUGGAGGAUGAGCCAAAAGCGAAGAGAUUGCGUGUUGAGGAAAACGAUAAAGGAGAUGCCAGAUCAAAUUCAGGUAAACUGAAUUCGAUAUCGGAUUCAAUUCUACAGAACAACGAUAACAAUGGCAAAAUGAGUGUUCCUCGGAGGAUUGAAACUGGGAUUCUUAGCAAGCUUCCUCCUGAGCUUUUCCCCCAUAUCCUUAAAUUCCUCUCUUCUGAGGACCUUGUAUCGUGCUCACUGGUGUGUAGAUUCCUAAAUUAUGCUGCAUCUGAUGAGUACUUAUGGCGCCGCCUGUAAGUUUUUUUUUUUUUUUUUUCAUAUUUUUGUUUCUGAUUUAAAACCGCUUCCUUUUUCUUUCUUAUUAAAAUUUUUAGCAAAAG